AGAAAACAAAACACGAACCGAAUCACUACUACUAGUAAUAAACCCCACCAUCCCUUCCCCAUACCCCCCAACAAAAUAUUAGAGUUCCCACUGCCCUCCCCACCCUCGCCACCGCCGCCCGCCAUGUCCGCCGAACAAGAGCACAUCACCCCUCUCGCCACCGCCGCCGUGGACCACCCCACCAGCGACGAAAAGGACCCCUCCAUCACCACCCCGACUCCCCCUUCCUCCCGCCGCCGCCGCCGCCGCCGCUGCCUCAUCUGCUGCGGCUCCUGCACCGCCCUCGUCGUCGUCAUAGCCAUCGUCCUCGUCAUCAUCACCGUCACCGUCUACAAGGUCAAGGAGCCGGUCAUGACCAUGAACUCCGUCUCCAUCAAGAACCUCAACCUCAGCCUGGGCUCCUCCCUCAACAUCAACAUGACGGUGGUCGCCGACGUCUCCGUGAAGAACCCGAACGCCGCCUUCUUCCGCUUCGGGGAGAGCACCACCGCCCUCUACUACCGGGCGCGGGAGGUGGGGGUGGCGUACGGGCCGCCCGGCACGGCGGGGGCCCGCAAGACGUUCCGGAUCAACGUGACGAUCGACGUGAUGGCCGACCGGCUUCUCUCCGAUCCGAGUGUUAUCGGCGAUCUGGCGGCGGGGAAGCUAGAUGUGACCACGUCGACCAAAGUCGGUGGCAGAGCGAAGAUUUUUCUGAUCAUCAAACGCCAUGUGGAUGUGAUGAUGAACUGCAGCAUGACGAUGGCGGUGUCCAACCAGUCGAUUCUGGCUCAGAGUUGCAACCAGCGCGUGUGGCUAUGAUUACGAUCAUUUUGGCACAGAUUUCUUGUCAAUAAACUUAUAGAUUUUAAAUUGAAAUAUUUUGAUCGAUGUUAGCUCAGAGAUAGGUGAGAUGGGAUUUGGGAGCAUAUAUAUAUAUAUGUAUACACACAUAUAGAAAUUUUUAUGCUUGGAUUUGGAGACUGGUAUACCUGUGUCUAUGUUGAUGGGAAGGAUAUGGUUGUGCAUAUGAAUUUAUAAAA